AUGGCACCACAAGAGAAAAAGAGCACCACCCGAAAAUAUGAAGAUGUAACUCUUCUGCCCCAAGAGCAGAUGCAAAUUUUAAUUUCUGCGGGGCUUAAAGUUGAAGUCAGCAGUAAAGUACCCUGUGAAAUGUAUAUAAAAAUGAGGAAUGACCUCAUAAAGAUUGCAGCAGACCUUGAAAAAAAAGGACUGGAAGAAGAAGCUUUUGUGGAGUACCACAAAUUUUUAACACUCUUUGUGGAGAAACUCAGAAAAGGCCCAGAAUAUCAAAACUCCCUUUCCAAGGGAACAAGAUCCAAAAUCAACAAGACAAUAAAUAGGGUCUUUGAAAAAGCUGAGAUCCUGAAGAGCAAACUCCUGGAGCAGUACAGCAAGGAGUUUGCAGAAUACCUUGCAGAUAAGAAAAAAAGAGAAGAGGAAGAGGCAGAAAAAAAGGUCUUCUGGCAAGAUGUAAGAAACACGAUAAAAAACUCCCCAAAUUUUGCCAAAUGGAGCGCUCUUCUGGAUAGGCUGGUGGAUGGCAUUGGUCAGAACUUCAAAGGCCUCCACCCUGUGGUCCUUCCAAAGGACCUUUGCGAUCAGUUUCUCCAUUCUGCACGGAAGAACACCAAGAAAGGCAUAGAGACAUGCGGUGUAUUAUGUGGUGCCCUGGUAAAGGAAGCAGACCAUGUUACCCAUGUCAUCAUUCCUGUCCAGAAAGGAGGGCCUGAUUACUGUUAUGCCCAGAAGGAGGAGGAGCUAUUUUUUAAGCAAGAAUAACUAGGCCUUCUCACCUUAGGUUGGGUUCAUACCCAUCCAACCCAAACAGCCUUCUUGUUGAGUGUGGAUAUACACACACAUUUUUGCUACCAGAAGAUGCUGCCAGAGUCAAUUGCAGUGGUGUGCUCACCCAAAUAUAAACAAACUGGAAUUUUCACAUUGACAUCCUAUGGGUUAAAAGAAAUUUCAUGUUGCCCCAAGAGGGGCUUCCAUCCCCAUAAACAGGACUCAGCUCUCUUCUGCGCUCUUCAGCAGCUUUCGGCCACCGGGACCAAGAAUCAAAAUCGGCACAGUCCACACACAGACUCGCUCCAGGACAUCAAUGCACGGUGGUCAGAAUUCCGCUUUGGCGCCUCGCGUGACGUCAUGGAGCCGCGCCGGCACCUGGCGGACAUGCGCCUUGGGUUUGGCUCCACGGCCGAGGGAGGGGGGCGAGCUAGGCGACCGCGCCUGUUGCGGGCGGAGCCUGUUUUUCGAGGUCUCUUCAGUAGGUUUCGCCCCCUGGCGGCCAAAGUUGGGUUUCCGGUCAGGAUACAGGAAUACAGGGGGGAGCUGUCCUGGAGAGGACACCAGGGAGACUGGGACCAGGGAGGCCCGAAUGCGCCUGAUAUAGCAGAGGCAAUGGCUGCAGUGAGGGUUUAG